ACGGCAUUGAAUCUCGAAAUCAACCGGAACCGAUCUUGUUUCAGGAAUAACGUGCCACCACGCCCAGCCGGUCAAAGAUCAGAGCCAGAAGCCAACGUAGGCUUCUCUGGUUUCGGCUUUGGCGACGGCUCCUACAUGUCAUUCGGCAUCGGCACUUUUCCGUUCGCUUUCUUCACGUCAACUUUCAAUUUCAGCGAUACACGACCAAGCGCAGCUCCCAGAGGCACGCCGCAAUACGAGGAGGAACAGUUCCUGUCGAAGAUAUUUCUGUGGUUAGCAGUGAUAUUCAUCGCUUGGCUGCUGAUGGCGUAACAUUGCUCCUAAAUCACACACCAGUCUGCCCUGUAAUCUUUUAAUGCUUAUAUAACUACUUAUACCUAGUUAUCUCUGUUCUGUCCGCUCAUGAUGAUGAUAAUCGCAAUGUUACAUCGCUCUUUGGUUUUCGCAAAAUUAUUUUUGGAGAAGCAAAACAAAGGAGAAAAUACAAAUUCACCUGUGCGCCUUGUCGUGACGCUUAAUCUCUAAACUUAAUCGCGAUUAUAAUAUAUUUUUCUUCUUGUCUUCGAAGUCGGAAUAAAACAAGAAAAAGAAGGAUACAUGCAUUUGGUAUCGGCCGCACAAUUGUUCGAGAACGCGAUUUGAUGCGCUUGUUCGCACGUGAAAUAUCUCGAGCAGGACAGCUUUUCUACGAUUUCGACAGCUUUGAUAUUUCAGUGUCAUUCUUUCUCUCUUGUGUGCAUGCGUGCGUGUAUGUGUGCGUACAUACACGCGAGGUCUCCCAGCCUAUUGAGCUAGCUCUAACGCUCGUACGGAAGUAGAGUGGGUUUUAACUCGCUCUACUUCCGCGGUUUGAACCAAACGGUCCUAUGUAUCGCUUUGCGACCUUCGCAGUAACAAGAAUUGUCAACUGAUCAAGAAAAUCAAAGCGCGUCUCGCGCGCCGAGGCAAUAAACGCGGCAGCAACAGCAGCCGAUCUUUAGCCGCGACAAAGGGAGGGACAACACGUCACUGGUAUCCUUCUCUAAUUGUCUUUAACAGGUCACGUGCGCCCAGAGUCGUUCGCCCCGCCUACUGUCUCGACGCGCCUAAUUAAGAUUUGCAAAUUUUAAUUAAUAAGAAUUCAUAAUCUAUUCUUACGAGAUAGUCUGGAGCAUGUAUUGUAGAUAAUACUAUCUGAUUGGCUACCAAAUAUAUCUUAAGGUCAUAUUUAAGAUGACUUUAAUACAAGAAGACUAUGAACUGUCCCCUUUUAUUGUUGCAAAGAUCGCGAAAAAAUACGUAUAGGACUUUUUAAUUCAACUCGUUUUGUUCUAACUCCAUACGAGCGUUGACUAGAUAUGGUGGUUUUCCAGCAACGACACAGUGCGACACAGCGUAUCAUUCUGUCUUUGUUGUUCGCUGGUAUUGAAAGAAGAUAGAAUGAUACACUGUGUCGCACUGUGUCGUUGCUGGAAAACCCACAUUAUGGAACAGCCUACGUGUGUAUGCAUGUGUGUAUAUACAAAUUAUAUACAACCCGUAGAAAAGAGAGCUCGCAAAGCCGCUAUUUCGACAUAUUUAAGCAAGAAAGAGAUAUGUAAUUUAAGGAUACGAGACAAGGGAUAUUAUUAAUAUUAUUAAGGUGAAUUGCGCGGAUUUUUUGCGAAAAAACCGCGCAAGAAGCAAGAAUACGAAAAAGGCGGAAAUUUGAAUAAUGUAUAUACAUGAAUAUAAUCUAGAGUUUAAGUUAAGAUAAUGUAUACAUGUUCGAGAAGGACAAUGAAUUGUAAUAUACGUGCAAUAUGAAAGAUAAAUAUCGUGCUAACGUCAUCAGCAAUGACUUGGCAUAAUUCUCAUCCGACAAUCCUUCAUUUUCAGUUCUGUCGUGGAACAUCCUUUUCAUUUAGGCAUUUCAGGGUAUUCAGGUAUGCGUUUAACCUUCUCGUAUUUCUGAUUGCCGAGAAAUAAAAUACGAAUAAUUUA